ACACUAGUGAAGUGGAGGUCUCUCUGUGGCUCCGCCCACCAUCUCCACAUGUCAAACCUCAAUCAGCCACAGUGCCAGAGCUCAGAAAGCUGCAGUCAUAAAGUUGUGACCCAGCGAUAACUCUUCUUCACCAGACACCUGUCCUUCAGACAUGAGCUCAGUACAGAAGGGCUUUCUGACAGACAUGGAGAGCUCUGUUGAUCAGGUUCGCUGGGGGUCUUCAGAGGUGAUGCCCACCUUCCCGCCUGACUCCAGUUUCCUGCUCCACGGUGAGGAGGCAUCAACGUUCCCCUGCGCAGAUGCAGAUCACAGCGGCCUGCCGUCUCUGUUCAGCAGCCCUGUCCACAGCCGGCCGACUGCAGCCUUUCAGCACAGCCCAGUGUAUCCCAUUUACUCGUCACCCUUCCUGGGAAACCUGUCCUGGCUGGAAGGUUCAAGCGGCUCCUCUCUAACCAGCUAUUUCCCAUCAUCCCCAUCAUCCUGGCACAGCAGUGCGUUUUCCAAAGCGCCCUCUUCCUCCUUCAGCAGCUCUUCUGUCCGGCUGGAGCAGAAGGAGAGUGUAAAAGGGGAGCGAUCGAGUCCUCCUGGAGGUGGACUGUUUCCUCUGAAUUCAUCGCUGAGCAGUGUGUAUCCGCACUCACACUCCACAAAAACACACUACAGCCCAUAUGGAGGACACACGCAGGAUUACAGCAGCUCACUUCUCUACGCACCCGCAACUGUACCCAAGAUGAGCUUCUCCCCUUUAGAUGCACGUGAGUGUGUGAACUGCGGAGCCACUGCCACCCCUCUGUGGCGGCGUGAUGGAACAGGCCACUACCUCUGCAAUGCCUGCGGACUGUACCAUAAGAUGAACGGACAGAACAGACCCCUCAUCCGACCCAAAAAGAGACCGGUUGUCAGUAAGCGAAUAGGAACUCUAUGUGCCAACUGUCAGACCAGUACAACCACAUUGUGGAGACGCAACUCCAGCGGAGAGCCCGUCUGCAACGCUUGCGGACUCUACUUCAAGCUUCACAAUGUGAACCGACCGCUGGCUAUGAAGAAGGAAGGCAUUCAGACGCGCAACCGUAAAGUGUCCAGCAAGAAUAGGAAAGGAAAGAAGUUCAGCACUGUGGAGGAGAAUCUGUAUUGUGAUUUUUCCAAGACUCCUGCGUGUGAUCAGCAUUUUGACAUGUAUUCUCAGAGUCCAGCAGCUUUGGGGGUUUACAGUCAUUCUGGGCAAUCCACUGCCUACCUGCCCUACCCAUACCACUCCUCACCGGCUGUUCUGCCCAGCACCGUGUGACUGAAACUGACCAGAGACCAGGAGUUUCCGGAAGACACUUAAUGCAUGGCAUUCUGACUUACAGGCAUGGAAACAUUGAUACUGUCAAAAGUGAUUAGCCACAGUUGAAGUCAGAAUUAUUAGCCUCCCUGUUUAUAUUCCCGUAAUAAUAAUAUUGACCUUAAAAUAGUUUAAAAAAAUGUAUUUCUUGCCGAAAUAAAACAAGUAACACUUUCUCCUGAGGUAAAAAUAUAAUAGGAAAUUCUGUGAAAAAUUCCUUGCUCUGUUAAACAUCGUUUGGGAAAUAUUUGAAAAAGAAAAAGUAAGUCACAGAAGGGUUAAAAAUUUUGACUUCGACUGUACUUAAAAAAAAGUGAUUAAACUCUCUUUUUUUUGCAACUAGGCUAAUUUUACAACUUGC